AUGGCGGACUUAUCAAGAUCUUCGCUUGUAGAACAGCUUCUACACCUCCGCAGUGAGGCAUCACACCCAGACUCCUCCCACCGCCUCUCUGCCCUAUUAUCCACGCAUACUGGCCCUUGGCCCAUCCGUCACCUAAUUCCAACAUAUCAGGACAUCUACAAGUCCAUUCCCGAAUCCCACAAGACUAAUAACAAUGAAUCAAUUACUCGCCUUCGUGCACAAGUCAAAGCAGCCACCCCCAAAGUUGCAGAAUUAAUAGGCACAGACUCCCGCGCCGGUCUGAUCGAUGCUAAUACUGGACGGCAUCUGACACAUAUUGCCAUCCGUCAGUUCUUGGAGAGUUUCCAGAUUCCCGUGGGACUCUCCCGGCAUGGAAAGCCUCGCAUCGCUGUCAUCCUGCCUAACGGCCCUCUUAUGGCAGUUGCUGUCCUUGCUUUCGUCAACAGGUACACCAUUGUACCUAUGACAACGAACACGGUACCAGAGCAGCUGCAGACAGAUAUAGAAAACUCGCAAGCUGAUGCUGUUGUCGCGCUGGACGCUGACAUCAGCAAGUUGCAGCUGAACAACGGUAGUCGGCCAGUGUUUGGUAUUGAGCAGCUUGAAGAUAUGACUUUCCAGGUGGUCUCUGCACACAAUGCUUCUACUGCAUACGACCAUCCCCCCAAUUCUGGGGACGAUAUCGCAAUUAUCCUGUUCACCAGUGGUACCAGUGGUACUAAGAAGCUGGUUCCAAUCACAACUUACAACCUCAUCGCUGGUACCAUCGCCACGAUGGAGUCAGUGGAAUUGUCCGAGACAGAUACAUGUCUUAAUAUGAUGCCGCUGAACCAUGUUGGUGGUAUUAUGCGCAGUAUCUUCUCUCCCAUCCUGGCCGGCGGUGCCACAAUAUGCUGCCCCUCGUUUGACCCCAGCAUGUUCUGGGAUGCAGUGCAAAGCCCUCAUAUGACACCAACUUGGUAUUACGCCACACCCACGAUGCACCAAAUGAUUCUUGCUGAGGCAGAGCACCGCCCCGAUGCUGUUAAGCAAAGCGUCAUCAAGUUUAUCUGCAAUGCUGGUGGUGGCCUUCCUCCAACUCUUGCGGUGCAGCUCCAUGAUGUUUUCCACUGCGUCGUCCUCCCCAGUUAUGGCAUGACCGAAUGUAUGCCCAUUGCUGCGCCGCCAAGGGACUAUAAGCUUGAUCGCCCUGGAACAUCGGGAAAGAUCGUUGGUCCCGAGGUUGCAAUCUUGACCGAGAGUGGCGAGCAUGUCUCGCAAAAUGGGAUGCUCGGACAUAUCUGCAUUCGUGGAUCCCCCGCUUUCGAGGGAUACCUGACCCCCGAUGGUAAGAUCGAUACCAACGCAUUCAACGAAUCUGGCUGGUUUGAUACUGGUGAUCUUGGACACCUCGAUGAUGACAACUACCUGUAUAUCACUGGCCGCAGCAAGGAGGUCAUCAACCGUGGUGGAGAAAUCAUUUCGCCAGUCGAAGUGGAAAACGCUGUUCUGACCACGGCCAAGGAUCCUGAGUCCCCACUGUAUGGCCGCGUCACUGAGACAUUGGCCUUCUCUGUCCCAGACGAGGUCCUACAGGAAGUUGUUGGUGUGGUUAUAGUCACACCUCCGGGAGCCACUAGGCCAGAUCUUCGUCAAAUACACGAAGCUUUGCAGCCUAUUCUCCAUCAGCCCAAGUGGCCGGCUCUAGUUGUAUACAUGGAUGGUGUGCCGAAGGCAAACAAUAAGAUCCAGCGUAUCAAACUCGCAGAGCGGUUGUCCUUGGAGACCUUAACCACGACCACACCCCUGGCAGACCGGCACUACCAUGCUGUUUGCCCGCCCACUGGUGCUCCGCUCACUGCAUCGAUUCAGAGGAAACCGUGUGUUAUUGACGAGAACAUCAUCCGCUCGGUUCUUACCGAGAAAGCAAAUACCCCUGACGUGCAUGUGCAAAUAAAUCCACGCGACGGUCUCGCACAAGUUGUUUUGUUUGUCCAGAACCCUGAUGAUGACCAUGUGACACCUGGCGAGCUCCACGAACAUCUUGAUGGCUACCUCGUACCUAGCCGCAUCAUUCCCCUCAAAGGUCCGAUGCCUCUCGAUUUCUACGGAAACCCCGACCAGGCUGCUAUCAAUGAGGCGAUCCACGCCCGCAACUCGGAUGGCGACAUAUCGCCCCCUCAACGCCGUGUGCGUGAGAUCUUCGCUGUCGCCUUGUCUUGUGCACCGGAGGAAAUAUCCUCUGCUACAGACUUUUUCGCGGCUGGAGGUGAUAGUCUUAGUGCUGGCCGUUUGGUUUCGCAACUUCGUCGCGAAUUUGGUAUUUUCCUGGCUGGUGACGUCCUCUUCCAUCACAGCACCGUUGGAGAGAUAGAGCACAAGAUCCUUGAAGCUCUUGAAGUUAAGGCAGCCAAGGGUGACGACGGAGAAGUUGAAUUGCCCGGUUGCGAAAAGACCUACAGCAGCACGAACCCAAUUAUCUUGAUCUUGCAUCUGUUCCCGACUGUGUUCUUCUUCCCCAUGAAGCGCGCCUUCCAGUGGAUGAUGUUCGCACAUGUCGUGGCCGAGUGCUCAAAUCGAUUCCCCAUUCGUGAGAACCUCAUCGCUCGUUUGAUGCUGGUUGUUUUCGCCGUGAUGUCUGCUCGCUUAUGUUCACAAAUUGUGUCUCCCAUCUUUGCUAUCACCUUCAAGUGGCUCGUCAUCGGCCGCUACAAGGAGGGAAUGUCCCCUAUGUGGGGCCCGUACCACACUCGGUGGUGGCUGACCCAGAAGGUAUUGCAGGUGUGUGGAAAGGGUCUUUUCAACAACUACAACUGGUCCCGCAUUCUUUUCUACCGUUUGGUUGGCGCAAAGAUUGGAAAGAAUGUCACCAUGUCUGCAUCCGCUAAGCUUGGUGAGUAUGAUCUGAUUGAGAUUGGGGAUAAUGUUGUUUUGGAUACCUGCGUGUGUCGCCCCUUCGGCGUGGAGCGCAACACCUCUAUGCUUUUGAAGCGUAUUCGCAUUGGCAAGGACUCGUCUAUUGGCAUCAAGUCUGUAGUCGCUCCUGGUGCUGAUAUCCCCGAGAAUACCUGCAUCGGUCCCAACUCGUCGAGCUGGGAACUCCAGGACGCCGAUGAGUCUAACCGCCAAUUGCUUACCUCUCAGAUCCCUAAGCCUCACUGGCUCUGGAUUGUCCUUAUUGUCGAGCCAAUCAAGUUGAUCACAUGGACGGCUGCUCGUAUUACUUGGAUGGGUGGUCUUAUCCCUAUGGUUCUCGAGUUCCCCACUCCCGCGGCCGACAUGUUCCGUUCUACCCUACAGUGGUACACCAGUGAUAAGCGAAUUGCAUUCCACAUUGCCGCAAGAAUCUGUCGUGCUGUUGGUGGCCCAAUUGUGCUCUUCAUUGCGGUCUUGAUAAUCAAGUCCUUCCUAGAUCUCGUCUGUGGCAAGCCCAAGCCUGGUCCUGCCUCAAAACAGUCCACUCGCCAAAAGAUUCGGAGUGCUGUGCUUGCACAGAUUCUACCCGCUGGAGACAUCCAUGAACUCACCCGCCUUACUGGUCGCCACUACGAAUUCGUCUCGAUGGCUGUCCGUGCCCUUGGUGGCAAGGUUGGCAGGCAUGUCUACUGGCCCAGUGUUGGUCCCGUCACUGUCGACUUUGAUCUCAUUGAGGUUGGUAAUGAUGUUGUAUUUGGCUCUCGCUCGACUCUGGUCACAUCCGACGGCUACGGCCGUGACCGCAUCGUGAUUGGUGAUGGUACCAUGGUUGGUGAUCGUGUUGUCGCUUUGCCCGGUGCUACCAUCGGCCGUCAAGCCAUGAUCGGCUCUGGUGCUUUGCUCCGCCGUAACGGUGAAUACCCUGCCAACACUGUCUGGACUGGUAGCAAGGGUGGUGAGGCUAUUCAGUUCCCAAGUUCGACAACCACUUCCACCGCACCAACCAUCGUCGGGGAUGGUAGCAGCAGUCCCAGCAGCAGCAGCGAAGAUGAGAAAACGCCAAUUGAGAAAUCACCCAUUGAGAAGCAGCCCUACUAUAGUAGCAAGGAUGGGACCGUUACUGAGAUCGCUGAGCAGGAGGUGGAUACCUGCAAACCUUUCGGCCGCGCCUUCUACCGCCACGAGGCUAGCUAUUAUGUCCUCCGCAUGUGGCAAAUCGUCUUCUAUUCUACCUUUGCAGUUAUUGUCACUACUGUAUAUUGGCUCCUCACCGUCUUGUUCUCCCUUUUCAUUCUGCGCACUAUCCUAGACUACAGCAAUGCUGCUGGUUUCAAGCAAGGCGCCUGGCGCCCAUUCGUCCUGUACGGCACCCUCGCCUCGGUUUUGUCUAUCAUCACCUCGGCUCAAGUUUUCCUCGCCUUCGGCAUCGUUAUCUGCAUUAAAUGGAUGGUUGUCGGCCGCCGCAAGGAAGGCGAAUACCACUGGGACAAGAGCAGCUACAACCAGCGCUGGCAAUUCCUCCUUUCCUGCGAGACUCUGAUCAAAGACUGCUUUGACGGAGUUGGCCUUCUGCCCAUGAUCUCUGGCUCUGCUUACAUUUCCUGGUACUACCAGCUCUUGGGCGCAAAGAUUGGAAAGGAUUGUGCAAUUCAUGCCAACGGUGCCCCCAGCAUCUUCUUCACUGAGCCUGAUCUGCUCACUCUCGGUGACCGUGUUGCUGUUGACGAUGCCAGUUUGGUUUGCCACUUGAACUCGCGUGGUGGCUUUGAGCUUCACACCUUGAACGUUGGGGACCGGAGUAUCCUGCGCGCUGGAUCGCGUCUGAUGUCCGGUGCUUCUAUGGGCCAAGACGCUUGUCUUUUGGAGCAUACCCUGGUUUUGUCGGGUGAUCAUGUUGAGGAUGGAGAUACGCUCCAGGGAUGGCCUGCCGAAGGAUUUGAAGGGAAGCGUGUUUAG